GUGUGUGUACCCUAGAAUGAAUAGGGACAAUUGCAACCUCAAGUCCGAGGUCAUUGCUCAUUUCAUCAAGGCACAAAUUGCGAUAUCACCAGAAUUGCCUCUUGCUACCAUAAUUGAGGUCGUGAAGGAGAAGUUUCAAUUCACUAUAUCAUAUAAGAAAGCGUGGCUUGCAAGGACGAAGGCAGUUGCAAUGGUGUUUGGUGACUGGGACGAGUCGUACCGAAGGUUGCCUAGAUAUAUGGCUGCAUUGCAGUCAUUCAAUCCAGGCACAGUUGUCAUGUGGGACAUGAUUCCGAAUUUGCACUCUACCUCAAUCGGAACUGAAAUGUACAUGAACUAUGUGUUCUGGGCAUUUAAACCUGCAAUAGAAGGCUUCAAGUAUUGUCGUCCAGUGAUAUGCAUUGACGGCACACACUUGUACGGGAAAUACGAAGGGAAAAUUGUUGCGGCCACUGCAGUGACUGCUGCGAACAAGAUUGUACCUCUUGCUUUUGCCAUUGUUGACAAGGAGAUGAUCGAGAGUUGGGGUUGGUUCAUUACUCUGCUAAGGCGACAUGUGUGCCGUGACCGAGAGGGGGUCACAUUGAUAUCCAAUCGACACACAGCUUUGCUUAGUGUCCUGUCAAGAAUUUGGGACAAUCCAGAAGUUCAACCAAGAGGGUACCAUAGGUAUUGCUUGCGACACGUAUGUAGCAAUUUCAAUGAAAGAUUCGGCAAUACAGUAGCGAAGGAUCUUGUGUGGAGAGUUGGUUCUGCACGGCAAGUGCGGAAGUUUAACAAGAUUAUGGACGAUAUCUACAAGCUCGAGAAGAAUGCUGAACGGCAGUUUAGACGGAUGAACCCUAUUCAUUGGACAUUGUGCCAUGAUGGUGGUUGUCGUUGGGGCAUAUUGACGAAAAACCAUAUAGAGGGCUUCAAUGGCGUACUGAAAGGCGCACGCAGUGUUCCCAUUACAGCAUCAGUUGAGAUCACUUUUUAUCGGAUUGUGAAAUAUUUUGGCGAAGGCAGGACCAUUGCUAAAAAUGCAAGUAAUCGGGGUCACUUGUACACGACUAAUGUUCAACGAUGGAUUGAUGAGCACCAAGCUAAAGCGAAUGUGCAUAUGUUGGUACCGAUUAAUAGGGGAAUAAGGGAAUAUGAGGUGAGGACAGCACCGCAUGGGAUGGGGGGUGGUGCUCGUCAAAUAGUUAGUCUCCGACCACCGAGUUGUUCAUGUGGGAAGUACACAUUAUUUCACUUGCCAUGUUCCCACAUGCUUGCUGUGACAGCAGACUUGGGCGAGGACCCUUUUCCUUUCAUUGCACCAGAGUAUAGGUUGGAAGUCCAUAAGUGUAUCUUCGCGCAGAAGUUUAGGCCCAUGCCGCACGAGCAAUAUUGGCCUGACAAUGAUUACCCAACUUUGCUUGCUAUUCCAGCUUGA